AUGAGAGCGUCAUUAUUGAACGGCAACAGUUCACGUCUUUUUCUUAGAAGAAUCGCCGGUGGUGGCAAUUCUCUCGCUUUAGGAAGCGUUCGGAGUCCCCUUAAGGCGCAAAACCCGACUAAAGCAGCAGGGUUCUUGAGUUGCAAAUCAAUGUCGACAAAUUUGCCGGCGGUGCAAGUGAAGGAAAAGAUCGAUCUGACAGAGAAGGAGAAGAUGAUCUUUGAUAGGCUUCUCGCCACCAUUCGCCACUUUGAUCUCUCUAUCGAGCUGCGUGUGGCUGGUGACUGGGUCCGUAAUAAGCUCGCGGCUUUCGAUGGUGAAUCAGGGUGCGGCGAGCUGCGGCUGAGCCACGUCAGUGUGCUGGUCAAAGGGUGGUUUUGGAUCCCCGACAAUUUGGACAAUUUGUAUCUGUGCCGGCGUGGGUUGAGCUGCUUGUGGACUAAGAAUGAUUAUCAUGCGCUACCUAAAUCUUCGGUUCUUGCGGACAAGCUCGACGCGUUGCUGUUCCAGAGCUCGACGCCGCCGCUUCUGCGGCGCAAUGGAGAUCCACUUCGUGUAUACAUGGAUCUGGAGGCUAGCCAAAGGAGAUCAGGCCGAGAAGAUAUAUUCAUCAGUUACCAUGCAAAAGACGAUGUCCAGUCAACCUAUGCCGGAUCACUUUUCCACAAUGGUCGAAAUUACCGCGUUUCUUCUUAUAAGGACAAUGAGACACUGGUUUAUUGGUCUUCCUCUCGUUUCCUUGCUCAAAGGAACGAACUCGCAAAAAAGCUCCUCAAGUUGCUGCCUCACCAUUCAUUUGGCAAGUGCCUAAAUAAUGUCAGCGGUCUCGACAAGGCGCUGUCUUUCUUUCCCGAGUGUGCCAACGAUACCAGUGUCGCUCCAAAAUGGUGGGAUCAUUUGCAUUACGCCAUGUCUCAUUAUAAGUUUGUUCUUGCAAUCGAGAACACUUGGACGGAAAGUUACGUGACGGAGAAGCUAUUUUAUGCUCUGGAUUCCGGGGCGGUCCCCAUCUAUUUUGGUGCCCCCAGUGUCAUGGACUUUGUCCCUCCGCAUUCGAUCAUAGACAGGAACAAGUUCAGCUCCGUGGAGGAAUUGGCAACUUUCGUGAAGUCCCUUGCGAAUGAUCCAGUGGCGUACGCCGAAUACCACGCGUGGAGGAGAUGUGGUGUAUUAGGUAAUUAUGGAAGCACACGUGCGACAAGCCUCGACACCUUGCCGUGCCGAUUAUGUGAGUGCAUUAGCAAGAAAGGCGGGGGAAACGCGAAAGCUUUAUAAGAGUUGAUUCUUUUUGAAUA